CGCCCCCGGCCCGGCCGCAUGGACUCGGUGCUGCGCAGCGCUCGCCGCUUCCCCCCGCGGCUGCUGCGGGCGGCGUCGGGCCCGGCCAUGCAGCAGCCCGAGGGCGGCGGGGGCUGGCUGGGCGCGCUGCGCUUCGAUAACCUGGCUCUGCGCUCGCUGCCCGUGGACGCCUCGGAGGAGGGCGGCCCGCGGAUCGUGCCCGGCGCCUGCUUCGCUCGGGUGCGGCCCAGCCCGCUGCAGAACCCGCGGCUCGUGGCCAUGUCGCUGCCGGCGCUGGCGCUGCUGGGGCUGGAGGCGCCCGCGGCCGACCCGGAGGCGGCGGAGGCCGAGGCCGCGCUGUUCUUCAGCGGGAACCGGGUGCUGGCGGGCGCGGAGCCCGCGGCGCACUGCUACUGCGGCCACCAGUUCGGCAGCUUCGCGGGGCAGCUGGGCGACGGCGCCGCCAUGUACCUGGGCGAGGUGCUGGGCCCGCGGGGCGAGCGCUGGGAGAUCCAGCUCAAGGGCGCCGGCAUCACCCCCUUUUCCCGACAAGCUGAUGGCCGGAAAGUGCUGCGGUCGAGCAUUCGGGAGUUCCUGUGCAGCGAGGCCAUGUUUCACCUGGGAAUACCAACAACACGGGCUGGCACCUGUGUGACAUCUGACUCCAAAGUCGUUCGUGACAUAUUUUAUGAUGGGAAUCCAAAAAAUGAAAGGUGUACAGUUGUUCUGAGAAUAGCCUCUACAUUUAUAAGAUUUGGCUCUUUUGAAAUUUUUAAACCCCCUGAUGAAUACACUGGACGCAAGGGUCCCAGCGUUGACCGGAAUGAUAUUCGAAUACAGAUGCUUGAUUAUGUGAUCAGCACUUUCUACCCAGAAAUCCAGGAGGUUUAUUCAGACAACACUAUUCAGAGGAAUGCUGCUUUCUUCAAAGAGAUAACCAAACGGACAGCGAGAUUGGUUGCUGAAUGGCAGUGUGUGGGGUUUUGCCAUGGCGUGCUGAAUACAGAUAACAUGAGCAUUGUUGGACUGACCAUUGACUAUGGCCCUUUUGGGUUUAUGGACAGGUAUGACCCUGAGCACAUUUGCAAUGGUUCUGAUAAUACAGGGCGCUAUGCUUACAACAAACAGCCAGAGAUUUGCAAGUGGAACCUGGGGAAACUUGCUGAAGCUUUGGUGCCAGAGCUGCCCUUGGAAAUAAGCCAACUGAUCCUGGAAGAGGAAUAUGAUGCAGAAUUUGAGAAACACUAUUCGCAGAAGAUGAGAAAAAAACUAGGCUUAAUCCAGCUGGAAUUAGAAGAAGAUAAUAAGCUGGUGUCUGAACUGCUUGAAACCAUGCAUCUCACAGCUGGAGACUUCACAAAUAUUUUCUACUUGCUGAGUUCAUUCUCAGUAGACAUGGAUCCUUCAAAAUUUGAAGAUUUCUUAGCAGAGCUUACAAGUCAGUGUGCUUCUGUGGAAGAACUGAAAAUUGUUUUUAAACCACAGAUGGAUCCACGACAACUGUCAAUGAUGCUGAUGUUGGCUCAGUCUAAUCCUCAGCUGUUUGCAUUAAUUGGAACAAAAGCUAGUAUAAAUAAAGAAUUGGAACGCAUCGAACAGUUCUCUAAACUGCAGCAGUUAACAGCAGAUGAUUUACUUAGCAGAAAUAAAGGACACUGGAAGGAAUGGCUGGAGAAGUACAGAGUCCGUUUGCAAAAAGAAAUAGAAAGCGUUGGUAAUGCUGAUGCCUGGAACACUGAGCAUGUGAAGGUCAUGAAUUCAAACAAUCCAAAAUAUAUCUUGAGAAAUUACAUUGCCCAGAAUGCCAUAGAAGCAGCUGAAAAUGGGGAUUUCUCAGAGGUAAGAAAUGUACUGAAACUUUUAGAACAUCCAUUCCAAGAAGCAGAAGGUUUGCAGGAGGUAAAUGAAAACGCAGAAGAGGAGGGAGCAACUGCUACAGCAGCUGUUUGUUCUCAAGAGACCAGAAGCAGACAACCAUAUUGCAGCAAACCUCCACUGUGGGCUUCAGAGCUCUGCGUUACGUGAUCUUCAUAACCGCCUUGUUUUGUUUUUUGCUGUGAACUGAAGACUCUGAUCCUCCUUCAGCAGUGAAGAAUUCAGCAAGGCAAACAUCAAAGUGCUAUUAAGUUUUUGAAACAGCACUACAUUUGGAUGCAUCUAUAGCAGUCUUCAGCUGUGCUUAAUUUGAAGCAAUUGUGGAUCAUUGGAACAAACCAGUGACAAUCAACAGCCUAUACACAUCAGUAAUAUAAAUGUUUAAAGA